UCCACCGUGAGCCGUUGGGGGGAACGGGAGAGUCGGAACGGCCGCUCACAUCCGUGCGUAAGAUCCGGCCUGGGGGAAAGGGAUGAAUGUUAAUUUCAAAGAUGGCGGCGGAGGGAGGAGGGAAGGAGAUGAACGAAAUUAAAACUCAGUUCACCACUCGGGAAGGCGUCUACAAACUUCUCACUCACUCCGAAUACAGCCGUCCUAAUAGGGUGCCUUUCAAUUCACAAGGCUCCAACCCCGUCAAGGUCUCUUUCGUGAACGUCAACGACCAGUCAGGCAACGGCGACAGGAUCUGUUUCAAUGUGGGCCGUGAGCUCUACUUCUACAUCUACAAAGGCGUUAGAAAGGCCGCUGACUUGAGCAAGCCCAUAGACAAGCGCAUUUACAAGGGAACGCAGCCCACGUGUCAUGACUUCAACCACCUCACAGCUACAGCAGAGAGCGUGUCCUUGCUCGUGGGUUUCUCAGCAGGACAGGUACAGCUCAUUGACCCUAUCAAGAAGGAGACAAGCAAGCUCUUCAAUGAGGAGAGAUUAAUAGACAAGUCCAGAGUAACAUGUGUGAAAUGGGUGCCAGGCUCAGAGAGUCUGUUUCUAGUGUCUCAUGCCAGUGGGAAUAUGUACCUAUACAAUGUGGAGCAUACCUGCGGCACCACAGCGCCACACUACCAGCUACUCAAACAGGGAGAGAAUUACUCUGUGCACACUUGCAAGAGUAAAUCCACGAGGAACCCUCUCCUUAAAUGGACUGUAGGAGAGGGAGCUCUGAAUGAGUUUGCCUUCUCUCCAGAUGGGAAGUUCCUUGCCUGUGUAAGCCAAGACGGCUUCCUACGGGUGUUCAACUUUGAUGCUGUUGAGCUUCACGGCACCAUGAAGAGCUAUUUUGGUGGUUUGUUGUGCGUGUGCUGGAGCCCUGAUGGAAAAUAUAUAGUUGCGGGUGGAGAGGACGAUCUAGUGACUGUGUGGUCGUUCUUGGACUGCAGGGUCAUUGCUCGAGGUCACGGCCACAAGUCGUGGGUGAGUGUGGUGGCUUUUGACCAUUACACCACAAGUGUGGAGGAGAGCGACCCGAUGGAGUUCAGUGGCAGCGAUGAGGACUUCCAGGAUCAGAUGAUCCACUUUGGACGAGACCGGGCCAACAGUACACAGUCUCGACUUUCUAAGCGUAACUCCACAGACAGCCGGCCUGUUAGUGUUACAUACCGGUUUGGCUCAGUGGGGCAGGACACUCAGCUGUGCCUAUGGGACCUCACUGAGGACAUCCUUUUCCCGCAUCUUCCCCUCUCACGGACACGGACACAUACUAAUGUGAUGAAUGCUACCAGCCCUCCUGCAGGUGCUACAAUAAUCACUAACACCUCUAGUAACACUACUAAUGGAAACAACAGUGGUGCCAAUACUCCUGGCAUUAACUCCAUCGCUACUACUUUGCCACGUUCCAACAGCCUUCCCCAUUCUGCUGGCACCACAACAACGACGGCAAACAAUACCAACAAAGCCAGCAGUGGCGGUGGAAUCAGUAGUGGUAUUAUGGACAGCGCCAUUGCUACAGGUGUGAGUAAGUUUGCUACACUGUCACUCCAUGAUCGGAAGGAGCGCCACCACGAGAAGGACCACAAACGCAACCACAGCAUGGGUCACAUCAGCAGCAAGAGUAGCGACAAGCUCAACCUGCUGACAAAAACCAAAACAGACCCUGCCAAGACCCUAGGCACUCUGCUGUGCCCGCGCAUGGAGGACGUGCCCCUCCUCGAGCCCCUCAUCUGUAAAAAAAUAGCACACGAGAGACUGACUGUACUCAUAUUUUUAGAGGACUGUUUAGUGACUGCUUGUCAGGAGGGAUUUAUUUGCACAUGGGCGAGGCCAGGCAAAGUGGGUUUAUUGUCAUCCCAAAACCAAGCCAGCUCUCCCAGUGGAACAGUAGUAUAGCCACAAUAUUUCUGCUGCUAAAGAACCCUGCAACCCAGAGUCUGAUGCUGCUCUUCACCCUGCAAGCAUUGCAAGUUUUCCUUUUCUUUUCUACCCCUCCCUCUCCCAGUUUUGUUAAUGGCUUUUCUGUUGUUUUUUGUUUUAUCACUCACUCGACCUAGAGAAGGAAUGGAACAGGAAAAGGUGUGGUGCAAUUGUGGACUAUUGUGCUUUUGUUCUCGAGUUUUAAUACAUUUUAGAAUUCUUUUUUUAAAUCUUUUUUUGUUUGUUUGUGCGUGUGUUUGCGUGCGUGUGCGCGCGUGUCAAAUCUCAUUAGGCUUUUCUGGAAUUAAUGCUUGGCUUUGUUAGAUGCAAACCAGACAACUGUGGCUUGAGACUAAAGGGAUAGUUCAUUUAAUUUUCAUAAUCAUCUUUUUUAUUUUAAUGUUGUCAUUUAACCCAACUCAGGGUUACUGACUAAAAUAUGAACUUUAGCAGAACUAUCCUUUUAUGACCAAGUGCGUAAGCAUCUGAAAUUUUUGCAUCCAUCCACAUUCACCCACCACUUCUCUUUUCUUGAAUAGAAUCUCCCCGUUGAUGACUUUGCACUGAUUUUUGUUAGCUACUUUGUCGUUUUUUUUGUUUUAUAACUUCUCUAAUGAAACAAAAAAAGAGAGUUGAGGAUUGCCUGGUUCCACUUGGCUUUACCAUCCUCAGUCUUGAAUUCUGAAUCUAUAUAGCUGGAUGCUGCAAUCAUAGUCUUUUUAAAGAAAAAAAAAAGGUUUGCACUUAAAUUAGUUUAUAGAAGAAUAUGGCUUUACAUUUUUUGGGUGUGCUCAGAACUCACAGAUGGCUAACAGUAGGUCAAGAAAUUGAUAAAAAAAAAUACAAUUAAAACCUUUAUCUAUUGAGCAUUUAUUUUAAUAUUAUUUCAGAUUUAAAUCUGCUCUGUAUCAUAAUGUGUAUAUUGUAAUUAAUUGAUUUGAUGGGGGCCUAAGCAAACUACCAUUACUCCAGUGGAAGUUUUGUCAUUGAUAGUUAUAUUUCUAAAGUAUACAUAUUAAUAAUAUUAAAAUAAUCUUGAAUACACUGUUUGCCGUUUUCAUUCAUUCCUGCACCCACGCCUAAUUCAUUUGGUAUAACAAAAAGCUGUAAUGUGUGUUGUGUGGAAGUCUGGCAGAUACUUGAAUCUUAAUGCUGCUCAACUUCAGAACUGCUGUUUUUAAUUUAUUUUAUUAUUUUUCUCCAGAUUGAAAUUUUAACUAAUGAAAGACGAAAAACAGACAAACACAACAAAGGAGGAGGCUUUUCCAUUUGACAGUUAUGCAUUUUUAAUGCACUGAUAAUAAUGCCAUAAGUGACCCCUGCAUUAGAUGGAAAGCUGAUGGAGCUUAAAUUACCCACUUUCUCAUCAGUUUAUUCUGUCAGCACAUCAGGAGUUUGUCGAUAAUAUGCGAGCUUUGAGCAGUGGUUAAUACAACAUUAUACAAAUGGUGCUUGAUGAGUUUUUCUUUUUACUCCAGUAAUGUUUCACAAUGAUGUGCAGACUGAGUCACAGUCUGAUUUAAAGAGCUCACAGCUCUGAGAGAAAUGAAAAGCAACAGUCCCUCGAGCGAAGGGGUAUGGAGGUACUGGCCAAGCUACAUUUUUGCAUCCAACAAACAUUCAAAAAUCCUUUUUAAACCUAAUUUGCAGUCAGUUUUUAAGCAUAACUGUGCAAAAUCUGUUUCCAACCACAACACUGAUGCUGAGGACUGUUUUAAGUUCUUGUUCUUGACAUUUGUACAGGAAGACUGGGCUUUUUAAAAAAUUGUUUAUUUCAAGGACUUCCAUCAGAUCUCUAGAAAUCUAAAAAAAAAAAUAAAUUAACACCACCUCUGAAUGUUUUCACAUUUAUUACU